UCCCGUCCUCUCUCCCACCCCCUCUCUCUUUUUCUCUCCAUCUCUUUUCCAUCUCCUUCGCCGAAGUCCGACGCUCUCCAAAAAGACAACAGAAUUAUAAAGUGUGGAGGCGUGAUUGCAGGAAAGUAGCUAUGACUCCUGCUAUGAAAACUCCGGCUACGUGAAGGAAACAGACACACAGAGCCCUCAGGAAACCCGAAGGUGUCCAGAUUAAGCCUGAGAGAGAACGAGAGAGAGAGAGAGAGAGAGAGAAGGAGUGGAAAGAGGGGAGGUGAAACAGUCGAUGGAUGCUGCCUGGGUAGAAGGGACAGCACAUUCUUCACCAACAAGGAAACAACAACAGUCAAAAUGGAGGGGAAGGACAGGAAUUCACCCCCAGCUAUAGUGUGGUGUGAAAAGGGCAUUCAAAUCCUGCUCACCACUGUGGGGGCCUUUGCGGCAUUCGGCCUGAUGACGGUGGCCAUCGGCACGGACUACUGGCUGUACGCCCGCGCCUUCAUCUGCAACAGCACUGCCAACUCCACCCAGGACGACCCGCACAACAAGGACCGCAAGGACCCCGGCGCCCUCACGCACUCCGGCCUCUGGAGGAUCUGCUGCUUGGAAGGGUUGAAAAGAGGAGUAUGCUCACAGAUCAAUCACUUCCCAGAAGAUGCAGACUAUGAUCAUGAUGGGGCGGAGUACGUUCUACGCGUGGUCCGAGCCUCUAGCAUUUUCCCCAUUCUUAGUGCCAUACUCCUCCUAAUGGGAGGGGUGUGCAUUGCGGUCAGCCGGUUUUACAAGAGCAAGAGGAACAUCGUGCUGGGCGCUGGCAUUCUCUUUGUGGCUGCAGGGCUCAGCAACAUCAUCGGGGUGAUCGUCUACAUCUCGGCGGCGCUGGGCGACAUCUCCCCGAAGAAGGACGAGGACAAGAAGUGGCACUACUCCUACGGCUGGUCCUUCUACUUCGGCGGCCUGUCCUUCAUCCUGGCCGAGAUGGUGGGCGUGCUGGCCGUCAACAUCUACAUCGAGAAGAACAAGGAGCUGCGUUGUCGCUCGCGCACCGACCUCUUCAAGAGCACCACCCACGCCAUGCUGCGGCUGCCCAGCUACCGCUUCCGCCAGCGCUCCCGCUCCAGCUCCCGCUCCACCGAGCCCUCCCGCUCCCGGGACCCCUCCCCUGUGGGCGGCGGGGCCAAGAACUUCGGCCUGACCCCCUCGGCCCUGCUCACCCAGAGCACGGCGGGGCCCAUCUCGGUCUCCACGCUGCCCAACCCCCACUCGCACUCCCACUCCUCCGCGCUGGGGGGCGACAUCUCCAUGUACACCCUGUCGCGGGACCCCAAGCUGGCGGGUUUGGGGACCCUGGGCGGGGGGCCGCCCAUGUACGGGACGGUGGACCGGGCCACGCUGUACCAACUGCAUAACUGCUUCCCGAAGGAGGGGGGCGGAGGGGGGCUGAUGACCGGUACUCUGCCCUCAUCCAAGUCCAACAACCCCUCGCUGGCCCAGAAUUCCUCUAAUACCAACACCCUCCUUCCCAAUUCCUCGUCCUCUUCCGCACCUCCCCCCCAGCCCCCUGCUCUUUCGACCUCCACAGUCGAGAGGGAGAGGGGUAUGGGCACCCUCGAUAGGCUAGGAAAAGGGGACAGCUCCAAUACCAACACGCUGAAUAGGAAGACGACACCAGUGUAGAGGAGGAGAGGAUAGAGGGAGGGAGAGAGGAUUAAUAAAAUUAGAUGGUGAGAUGGAAGGGAAAGGAAAGGCAUCGGAAUUAGGGGAUGCAGAAAGAGAAAAAGGAGGAGAAAAGUCUCCUCUCCUUUCUCUCUGUUGCCCUCUCACAAAAUGAUCAACAGAAGCAGGUGUGAUAAUAACAACAACAAUGCUAUAUAUUUAUAAUAUAAUAUAAAAUCUAUUAUAUAAAUAUAUUGGCUGUAUUGGUACUGUUAUAUUUGGGAUAUCGAUUACUUAACCAUUGGAAAUUAUGAUUGCAAGGCACCAUGUAACACACAUUUAUUUGUUUUAAGUGCUUUAUUAUUAAA